UAUAAGAGGCAAUUUCUUUAUAUUUUUUUACUGUAUGACUCCUCAUUGCCCUUAAGCUGUAUCAUUAAACACUCCAUUGGGAGAUUUUUCUCCAACUGAGGCUUAGGGGAACUAGAAUGAACAUAGAGGAAUGAAUCAAGCCCAGUUCUCCUUAGUCAUCUUCAGUUUGGGAUCCAGUUUCAGUUUCAGGGCAAGACAGACACAAAUGUGCUUCUUGGUUUCCUACUUAGAUAAUAGGAUGCUUACCCUUUAAGUCAGGUUCAUAAGCUUCUUCAGAAGGUGAAUGAGGGCUGUCAAUCAUCGUGCAUCUUCCCAGGAACACUACGUGAAUUACCAUCGCACCUUCAUUUUUAAUGUUCUCUCAUGCCUUGAAGAUAGUACAGUGCACUGAAAAUCUUGGAAGUUUGUGACUCAAAUCUUCAUCGUAGUUCAAUGCCAAGCACUAAAUAUCUUGGGAUAAAUUACUUCCCAGGACCAGACAGCAAUUUUAUCAUUGAGAGCACCAGAGUAGACAGUUUCUAUGAUUCUUUUCCAUUUUGAUAUUCUAAGGACAAAUUACUAUUGAAGAAAAUUAUCUUCAGUUGUUGAUUCAAGUCUUCAAAAUCACCAAAUGAUCUGAUUUUGAGGUUAGGUUAUGAGAGUUAGUCCUUGAUUCUUCUAUGUGUUGGGCUGUUCAAAGAACGGAAAAUUGGUUUGGCUUGAGAUAUCUUGUUUCCUUAUGGAUUGGGAUUCUUCAUGUUGAGAGAUCCAAUGAGAACUUUGGGUCAUCAUCUCUUCCCUCUCUCUUUAUUUUGGAAUCUGGAAUAGAACUCAAGACCUUGUGCUUGCUAGGCAGGCACUUGUGCCGCUGAGUUAUACCCCCAGCCCUCAUCUUCUCUUUUCAAUGUGUAGUCAACUGUAAGAUGGUGAUGUAGACUCCUCACUGACAUCUCACUCAAUCUUCCAGGUUGUCCUUUCACUAAUUUCUUUCAUUAUUCCUUCAUCCCUGCGUCAUGGUCCCUUUAAGGGAGCAGCCAUAGUUGGUUGAGUAGUGGGGAGCAGCUGCUGGCAGCAAAGAGACUUGCAGGAUUUGGCCUACCCUGGUCUACUCACCGCGCACGCUCAGGGCCAGGGGCUUGGUGGGAAAGGGGGGCGGGACUUGUGGUGCGCCUGCGCACUAGGGGCGCGCGCAAGGGGCUCGUUUGGUGAUCCCUUUAAGAAACCGCAGGCGGAGGAAUUUCUGAGAGAAAAUAAUCCUACUCACGGGGCCCCUUGGAGGCCAUUAACCCCCGGAGUCCCGGCGCCCCUCUCCCGGGCAGGCCUUACCACCCACGCGCACACCCGUGGGACCCUUGCAGCUGCGACUAGGCGCGCGGCAUCCGCCCCCUCAUCACUCGCGCGCCGGGCCCGGCCGGGUCGGGCAAGCUGCGGCGAGGCGGCCGUGUCUGCAGUGUGGGCGGGGGCCGGGGGCCCUAGAGGUGCCGCCGCCACAGUGCCGGGAGCCGCAGCGGUUCCGAGCGGGGCCCAACAUGGCGGAGAGAGAGGUGGAGUCCGGCCCCCGAAAGAGGUUUGAACAGAAAAGUGGUGCAGUUUUUGAUGAAAUUGUAGAGAACUGUGGUGGUAUCAUGGAUACAGAAAUGUCUGAAGAUAUAGACCACAACCUAACUCCUACCCUUGACAGCAUGUCUUAUGGAAUGCCGAAUCAAACAGGAUCUGAAAAUUCAUUGCUGGAUGAAGAUGAUUAUUUUUUGAACUCUGGGGAUCUUGCAGGAAUUCCUGUCGUUGGUAGUGACAAUGAGGAUGAACAGGAUUUUAGUUCAAAAGAGAAUCUUGUUUCUUCAAUUCACACUGAUGAUAGCUUGGAAGUAGAGAGAAGAGUCACACAGCAUGAAUCAGACAAUGAAACUGAAAUACAAAUUCAAAAUAAAUUAAAAAAAGACUUUCCUAAACAAUUUGAUCAGGUUUCUGUCUUUAAAUCGAUACGGAAAGAUUUUAGUCUAGUAAGAGAAAACAGCAAAGAGACAUUUUCUGGAAAGGAGAAAAAUAGAGACCUAACUUAUCAUGAACGUGAAAAACGGUUGGAUAAACCCCAUAAAGAUUUGGAUUCAAGGUUGAAAAGCAGUUUUUUUGAUAAAGCAGCUAAUCAAGUUGAAGAAACAUUACAUACCCAUUUACCACAAACCCCAGAAACAAACUUUAGGGAUUCCAGCUACCCAUUUGCCAAUAAAGAAUCCAUUGGUUCGGAACUGGGGAAUUCCUUUGCAUCAAAUAUUAGAAUUAAAGAAGAACCUUUGGAUGAUGAGUAUGACAAAGCAAUGGCACCACAGCAGGGACUACUAGACAAAAUUAAAGAUGAACCUGAAAAUGCUCAAGAGUAUAGUCAUGGCCAACAGCAAAAAGCUCAAGAGGGGGAACUGAAAAUUAGUGCUGUGUUUUCCGUCAGUGGCAGUCCUCUUGCUCCACAGUUGACUACUGGCUUUCAGCCUUCACUGGCAUCAUCUGGCAUGAAUAAAAUGCUUCCUUCAGUUCCAGCCACAGCUGUUCGAGUUUCCUGUUCUGGUUGUAAAAAAAUCCUCCAGAAAGGGCAAACUGCUUAUCAGAGGAAAGGGUCUACUCAGCUUUUCUGCUCUACGCUGUGCCUAACUGGAUAUACAGUUCCACCUGCCCGCCCACCACCUCCUCUCACCAAGAAAACUUGUUCAAGUUGCUCAAAGGAUAUUUUGAAUCCAAAGGAUGUAAUAAGUGCCCAGUUUGAAAAUACUACCACCAGUAAAGAUUUUUGCAGUCAAUCAUGUUUGUCAACAUACGAACUGAAAAAAAAACCUAUUGUUACCAUAAAUACAAAUAGCAUUUCAACUAAAUGCAGCAUGUGUCAGAAGAAUGCUGUUAUUCGACAUGAAGUUAAUUACCAGAAUGUGGUACAUAAACUUUGUAGUGAUGCCUGCUUCUCCAAGUUUCGUUCUGCUAACAACCUCACUAUGAACUGUUGUGAGAACUGUGGGGGUUACUGUUACAGUGGCUCUGGACAAUGCCACAUGCUUCAGAUAGAGGGACAGUCUAAAAAGUUUUGUAGUUCAACAUGUAUUACAGCAUACAAACAGAAAUCAGCCAAGAUUACACCAUGUGCACUUUGUAAAUCAUUGAGAUCCUCAGCAGAAAUGAUUGAAAAUAACAGUAGCUUGGGGAAGACAGAACUUUUUUGUUCUGUUAAUUGCUUAUCUGCUUACCGAGUUAAAAUGGUUACUUCUGCAGGUGUACAAGUUCAGUGUAACAGUUGUAAAACCUCAGCAAUCCCUCAGUAUCACCUAGCCAUGUCAGAUGGAAGUAUACGCAACUUCUGCAGCUACAGUUGUGUGGUAGCUUUCCAGAACUUGUUCAACAAACCAACUGGAAUGAAUUCUUCAGUAGUGCCCUUAUCUCAAGGCCAAGUAAUUGUCAGCAUCCCCACAGGUUCAGCAGUGUCAGCAGGAGGAGGUAGCGCCUCUGCCGUUUCUCCCACUUCCAUCAGUAGUUCUGCUGCUGCAGGUCUUCAGCGGCUUGCUGCCCAAUCUCAGCAUAUUGGGUUUACACGAAAUGUUGUGAAACUCAGGUGUCAACACUGUAACCGUCUUUUUGCCACAAAACCAGAACUUCUUGACUAUAAGGGUAAAAUGUUUCAGUUCUGUGGCAAGAAUUGUUCUGAUGAAUAUAAGAAAAUAAAUAAUGUAAUGGCAAUGUGUGAAUAUUGUAAAAUUGAGAAAAUUGUAAAGGAGACUGUGCGAUUCUCAGGUGCUGACAAGUCAUUCUGUAGUGAAGGUUGCAAAUUGCUUUAUAAACACGAUUUGGGGAAACGCUGGGGAACUCAUUGUAAGAUGUGCACCUAUUGUUUACAAACAUCUCCCAAACUGAUACAGAAUAAUUUGGGAGGAAAGUUGGAAGACUUCUGUUGUGAAGAAUGUAUGUCAAAAUAUACUGUGUUGUUCUAUCAGAUGGCCAAAUGUGAUGGCUGCAAACGACAGGGUAAACUUAGUGAGUCCUUGAAAUGGCGAGGGGAAGUAAAACAUUUUUGUAACCUGCUUUGUAUCUUAAUGUUCUGUCAUCAGCAAAGUGUAUGUGACCCACCUUCACAAAACAGUUCAGCUGCUUCCACAGGGCCCCCUUCUCUCAGAAAAGAUUCAACUCCAGUUAUAGCUAAUGUUGUAUCAUUGGCAAAUGCUCCUGCUGCACAGCCCACAGUGAAUUCUAACAGUGUCUUACAAGGUGCAGUUCCAACGGUAACCGCGAAAAUCAUUGGGGAUGCAAGUACACAAACAGAUGCUCUGAAACUGCCACCUUCGCAACCUCCAAGGCUUUUGAAGAACAAAGCAUUGUUGUGUAAACCGAUUACACAGACUAAAGCUACUUCCUGCAAACCACAUACCCAGAACAAAGAAUGCCAGACAGAAGAUACUCCAAGUCAGCCCCAGAUUAUUGUGGUGCCAGUUCCUGUGCCAGUGUUUGUGCCCAUACCUCUUCAUCUUUAUACACAGUAUGCCCCAGUUCCUUUUGGAAUUCCAGUUCCAAUGCCUGUCCCUAUGCUUAUUCCAUCCUCAAUGGAUAAUGAAGACAAAGUCAAUGAAAGUGUCGAUGACAUAAAGGAAAAGCUUCCUGCACAUCCAUUUGAAGCUGAUCUCCUUGAGAUGGCAGAAAUGAUUGCAGAAGAUGAAGAGAAGGAGAAGACUCUUUCCCAGGGAGGAUCUCAGACUUCUGAACAAGAACUUUUUCUGGACACCAAGAUAUUUGAAAAAGACCAAGGCAGCACAUACAGUGGGGAUCUGGAGUCAGAGGCAGUGUCCACCCCACAUAGCUGGGAGGAGGAGCUGAAUCAUUAUGCCUUAAAGUCCAGUGCCGUGCAGGAGGUUGAUGCAGAGCUAAAGCAGUUCUCAAGGGGGGAGACGGAACAGGAUCUAGAAGCCGAUUAUCCUUCAGAGUCCUUUGACCCACUUAAUAAAGGACAGGGAAUCCAAGCACGUUCCCGAACAAGACGACGACACAGAGAUGGCUUCCCCCAACCCAGACGAAGAGGACGGAAGAAGUCUAUAGUGGCUGUAGAGCCCAGGAGUCUUAUUCAAGGAGCCUUUCAAGGGUGUUCAGUAUCUGGGAUGACACUUAAAUACAUGUAUGGGGUAAAUGCCUGGAAGAACUGGGUUCAGUGGAAAAAUGCCAAGGAAGAGCAGGUGGAUAUAAAAUGUGGAGGAGGUGAACAUGCCUCAUCCAGUCCAUGUUCUGAUCCCUUAGGAAGUGCUCAAGACCAGGCAGUCUCUCAAGAGUCUUCAGAGGCAGGCUAUAGAGUACGCUCUGUCAAGCUGAAGGAAGAUAUUUUGUCCUGUACAUUUGCUGAGUUGAGUUUGGGUUUAUGCCAGUUUAUCCAAGAGGUGCGGAGACCAAAUGGUGAAAAAUAUGAUCCAGACAGUAUCUUAUACUUGUGCCUUGGAAUUCAGCAGUACCUGUUUGAAAAUGGUAGGAUAGAUAACAUUUUUACUGAGCCCUAUUCCAGAUUUAUGAUUGAACUUACUAAACUUUUGAAAAUAUGGGAACCCACAAUACUUCCUAAUGGUUACAUGUUCUCUCGUAUUGAAGAAGAGCAUUUGUGGGAAUGCAAACAGCUGGGCGCUUAUUCACCAAUCGUCCUCUUAAACACCCUCCUUUUUUUCAAUACCAAAUACUUUCAACUGAAGAAUGUUACUGAGCACUUGAAACUUUCCUUUGCCCAUGUAAUGAGACGGACCAGGACUUUAAAGUACAGCACCAAGAUGACAUAUCUGAGGUUCUUCCCACCUUUACAGAAGCAAGAGUCAGAACCAGAUAAACUGACUGUUGGCAAAAGGAAACGAAAUGAGGAUGAUGAAGUUCCUGUGGGCGUGGAGAUGGCAGAAAAUACUGACAACCCCCUGAGAUGCCCAGUUCGACUGUAUGAGUUCUAUCUGUCAAAAUGUUCUGAAAGUGUGAAGCAGAGGAAUGAUGUGUUUUAUCUUCAACCUGAGCGUUCCUGUGUCCCGAAUAGCCCCAUGUGGUACUCCACAUUCCCGAUAGACCCUGGUACCCUGGAUACCAUGUUAACACGUAUUCUCAUGGUGAGGGAGGUACAUGAAGAACUUGCCAAAGCCAAAUCUGAAGACUCUGAUGUUGAAUUAUCAGAUUGAGAUGGAAGUGAAGUUCCUAUUUUCAUACACAUUGGUAUGCACCAAACUGUGAAUGCAUCCAGCUGCUGGAAAGCGAUGUAUAAGUCCAAGUCCUCUGACUUGAUUAUGAGACAAUGGGAAACAGAUGACUCGUGAACCACAGUGUAGAUGUACAAUGAAGGAAAGAGUAUGAACUGAGAAAUGUUCUUUGGCAGUGAAAUAGUUCUAGACAUCUUCAGAAUGACUAACCAAUUUUUCUGAGUGGUGCAUAAUCUUAUUUUGUUUGGGAAUAACAAAUUGUGGAAUAUUUUUAAGGAAAACUGUUGUAUAAAACUACCGUAGUAACCUUAGACCUUAGAGAGGUAGCUUUGGAGUGAGACCUUGGCUACAGUAUGAGUAAGCCCUCCAUAAAAGUCAAGGGUGAGUGAAAUCAGUACAGAGCAGGGGUAAUACCCUGUGUGCUGUGGGACCCAGACUUGGAGACCCAAUAAAUCACUUAACUUUUCCUAAAAGAUAGUGAAGGGGUCUUGAUUUUGAUUUUCACUGCCAAGCCAAUUAUGUGAAGGAUAGAAGCCUCAGGUGCUUUUACCAUGGCCCCCUCACAUCAGGGAAAAUGACCUUCACUGCUGUUAACAUAGCAAUGUGUCCCUUUACUUUUUGGGUCUGGAUGUGGGUAAAUUAGGAUAAAGGGGAUGAUAUUCCACAAACUAAUUAUGCACACAGAAAUCUGUGGAGCCCAUUAGACCCCAAGUGUCUUGAAAUGUUUGUAGAAAACCCACUAAAAUACCCACUUCUCUGGGUGUAGGCCUUUAUUGCUGCUGUCUCAUAGCUUCAGCUGUGACACACAGAAAUGGGGGCUUUCCUUUUGUUUUCAGUUUUUCCCCAGUGGCAGCUUUUCUCCCAUUUAUUUAGCUUCCUAUUUCCAAAUAAUUCCCUUUAUUUUUCUUUUGCACCAGUUUUUGGAGGCCCUUGUCAUUUCAAAAGAAGUUGUUUAACUCUGGCAAACUUGUGGGUGAUUCCAUGAAGACACAGUAUUACUUAGAUAUCCAAAUUAUGAUGGAAAGGUCUUAGUAGGUUUCUAUGUAAAACAUUUGGAGGAUGACCUUGUUGCCCAAAUAAACUUGAACAAUAGGGAUUCUGGGGUGAGCACAGAAAGACAUUGAGUGUCUUGCUUAUCCAUAGGAGGUUUCAUAGCAUUAUUCCAAACUCUAGCUGUUUUAGUAGUUCUAUGAGGAUUGCAAGUCAUAGAUGUGAGUGACAUAUCAGUUCAUCUCCCUCAUCUGCAUUCUGUUUCCCCCAUGAAAUUUGAAUCAGAGCUUUUGAUGUUGGUCAAUCACAGAACCAGUUUAGUUGAGGUUAAUGUGACCUUACCUAAAUUAAAAAGUAAUAAACUUAGAAAAAAUUUAACCUUGAAAAACCUUCCAGUAUUUCCCAUAUUUUAGGUGGGAGUGGCAAGUGUUACUAUUUUUUUUAAACAAAUGAAAGUCAUUUAACUACAAAAAGUUUUAAAGUGGGCCUUUUGACAUUGUGUACUUGAUGGACCUGUCUCUCUUCCUGUAAUGAAUCUCAUUUUUGUUACCAAAAACUGUGUGAAAGAAGUAAAUCUGCCCUGAUUCUGUAUGAGUAAUUCCAUCUGUGUUUGUCAUUUCUGACUGAAAAACGUUUUACUUCCAGACCUUGUUCAGUUGGAGGAAAAACUGAAUUGUCUGAUAAGUCUGCCAAUAAACCAUCCAGAAACA